GGGUCUAAGUUAGCUUUCAUCCAGCCAAGCCCAAGGCCAAGCCUCCACAGGCUUGCUCAUUCCAAGCCUGGGAAUUAGAGAAUCAGUGCCAGUGCCACACAAGUAAACGCCAGCGUUGCAUUUUCUUUACCGUCAUUUUCACUUUGACUUGAAAUUCCAUUUUCCCUCCUUUAAAUUUUCAUCAACUUUGUUAUAUUAUCUUCAUCAUUUAAUCCGUGAAUUAUCAGAUGGAGCCUUUAUAUGCAAAGCUUUACGACAAAUAUGACAAGCUUAAGAAGAGAAAACUUUCCGAAAUGGAUGACAUAAAUCGAGAUCAAGAAGAGAAAUUUGUGAAUUAUGUGCGUGCUGCAGAGGAAUUGAUUCAGCAUCUGAAGAGUGAAAAUGACAAGCUGUAUGCAGAAGUUAAUGAAUUGAGAAGUGAAGUGGCCUCUAAAAUGCAUGCAAUUUUAAGUUUCUCAUUUGGCCUUUAUGAUAAAGCACUUUCUCUAGAAGUUAGCAGGCUGCAAAAUCUGCACCAUGAGGGACAAAAUAAAGAUGGCAAACUUGAUAUUGUACCAACAGUUUCUCCUAGAAUUGCACAAGUUUCAUCUGAAAAGGUUUCUGGAAGGUCCAUUGGAAUGAUGACGAGAAAGUGUAGCAGGGAAUCUGCUGCUGAGACAAAUGACAAUACUAUUACUUCUGUUUCAACUAACUGCAAUGUUGCCAUGACUAAUGCAUUGGCGGAAGACUUGUCUGAGAAAGCUUUGUCUCAUGCGGAUCUUACACAUUUUCAGCUGCUAGAAUGCUGUAAAGGCAGUCCAGAUGCAAGUGCCACAGCCACUGCUAGAGCUACUUGUCUUUUUCAAGCUCUUACUGAGUGCUUACUGGACAUGAAAAUAUCCACUAAUAAUCAACCUGGCGGACUAUGCAUUUCAGCUCUGCAUCAAUCAAGUGGUUACUCAUUCAGUCUAACAUGGAUAAACAAAGCUGGCGGAGAAGAAGCAGAGUUGGUGUACCGGGUAUCGUCAUUAGGGACAUUUGAGAGAGUGGCGCCGGAGUGGAUGAGGGAUGUGAUUAAGUUCAGCACCGGCAUGUGCCCUCUUUUCUUCCAGAGGGUAGCUCAUGUAAUCAAGUUGCACUGCUAAGCGUUUGUCUUUUCACGUUUGUUGCCUUUGUAAAUUGAAACUGUUAAUGGAUGGAGGGUUGGUUGGUAGGUAGAUAAACUAACUAAACUGCCUUCUCUCUGUUUCGUUGUGAGCGCAGAUAUGAAAUAGAGUUUGUAUAAACAGUGGUGAUAACAUGUGGGUUAUCAAAUCAUUACUGACUAAUUAUUUGCUAAGUAAAAAGACAGUAACUUUUUGUAUGUUAUGCUUGUUUGUCUUGUCAAUAGUAAAUGACGUUUUGUAUUUUA